GGGGUCAGCUUCAACAUGACCUUACCCUAAAUAUUACAGACACAAGAGAAAAGCGGGCCAGCCUCUGCACACACAGCCAUUCCUGGUCCUGAGCCUGAGGCGAGAGCAACUGCCCAGGGGCCAGGGCGCAUUUUCCAGCAAUUGAUCUGCAACUUGUAAGGCUUCCAGCAAAUCCUCUGCUUGUUGUCCCACACAACCUACAGCGGGUCAUGGCAGCCGCAGAAGAGGACAACACAGUAAAGGAGCCGCUCGAUCUUAUAAGGCUGAGCCUAGAUGAGAGGAUAUAUGUCAAGCUGCGCGGGGAUCGGGAAUUGAGAGGGAAACUUCAUGCGUAUGAUCAGCACUUAAACAUGGUUCUUGGAGACGUAGAGGAGUCGGUCACGCUGGUGGAAAUAGACGAUGAGACAUAUGAGGAGAUUGUGAGGGUGGAUAAACGCACAAUACCCUUCUUGUUCGUGAGAGGGGACGGAGUCAUCUUAGUUUCACCACCUUUGCGGACGUCAUGAGAGCAGCCCUUUGGGCUGAAGUUCGAUGCAUUGCUCUUCUCAUAAAUCACGGAAGGGAGGGUUGAAAGCCUUCCCCCUUAGGCGAGCAAAAUUUGUAUCCACUGCGCCUUCUAUUAGCGGUGUGAUGCAGAGUAAGUCACUGCGUCAUGAUGAUGCACGACAAACCUAGAGUGCGUGACCAAGCAGGCGUGAAACCUGGAGAGGGGCUGCUGCUCCCUAGCAAACAAUUUUAAGAGCCUUUGACAUUGAUCAUACUGUCAGGAGAGACGGCAGCCAGACGCUGCUUGCUUUGCAAGCGAGCCUCGGAGGUGUUGAAUGAAACUUACAAAUCGAAUGGUGUAUGUGUC